AUUUUCGCCAAACACGUGUUUCCCUGGGACGAUAGUGAACGGUGCACAUUUGCUCCGCCAAGCCACAGAACAAAACGUCUCAUUUAAGAGUUGCUGGUGUAACAUUUGGAACAAAUAUAUUUGACUCCUCUUUAGUGCAAGCGGCUAAUGAGAUGAACGGUCGUCGAGAAAAACGUCCCCUUCAGCAGCAAGGUGGGAACUUCUCUUUGAGGCAGGAGGAUCCACAGUCCCCCCACUUCAAGGAGGAAGAGGAGGAGCUCUGGAUCACUCAGGAGGAAGAGUGUCUUCUAGGGCAGGAGGAGGCUGAUCUCGCCAGGUUUCCACUGACUGUUGUCUCUGUGAAGAUUGAAGAGCAUGAAGACAAAUCACCUGAGUCCUCACAGCUUCAUCACAGUCCAACAGAUGUGUGUGUAGAACAUCUCCCUGAACAACCGGAGUGGAGCUUCAGGAUGAUGAAAGAGGAGCCGCAGCCCUCCCACGUUAAAGAGGAAGGUGAGGCGCCACGGACCCCUCGCUUCAAAAAGGAGAUGGAGGAACACAGCAUCAGUCGGGAGGGAGAGCAGCUUAAAUGGUUGGAGGAGUUCCCAGUGAUUGGUGUGAUUGUGAAGAGUGAAGAUGAUGAGGUCAGUAGUGAAAGUGAGGAGCAGAAUGAGGCGGAGCCUUCGAGCAGCAGCUCAAGUCAACACAUGACAACAGCAGCUGAUGGAGACCACUGUGGAGGAUCACAAGCAGGCAAGCUCUUAGCUCCACUAUCAGAUAGUGAGGACACAACGUCACACUCUCCUGACACUGAUGAUGAAGACUCUAAAGAUGAUAAGACAUGUCACACUGACAACACACACCUGACGUGUUCUCUCUGCGACAAAACCUUUAAAUACCCUUGUUAUCUGAAGGUACACAUGAGAACACACACUGGCGAAAAACCCUUUUCCUGCGUAGUCUGCGGUAACGGAUUUGCACGGAAAAACGUGUUGAAAGAACACAUGAGAACGCACACCGGAGAAAAGCAUUUCUUCUGCUCAAUCUGUGGUAAAGAUUUUGGACGAAGACAACAUUUGAAAAUACACAUGCAAAUACACACCGGCGAAAAACCAUAUUGCUGUUCGUGCUGUGACAAAAGCUUCAGUGACAGGUCAUCACUUGGAUUGCACAUGAGGAUACACAGCGGAGAAAAACCUUUUUGCUGCUCAGUCUGCGGUAAAGAUUUUGCACAGAAUGGUAAUUUGAAAAAACACAUGAGAACGCACACCGGUGAAAAACCGUUUUCCUGUGUGUUCUGCGAGAAAAGCUUUGGCGACCAAUCAGCGCUUGCUAAACACACGAGAACGCACACUGGUAAAAAACCUGAUUCUGUUAAUUUUGCAAUAAAAGUCUCGCACCAAGUCGACUUUUGAGAAAGAAAAACAGAGCACACACAGGAGAGAAAGUGUUGCGUCGCAGCGUGUGUGGUGAAAGAUUCUCUUAUACUAGUUGAUCAGACUAUGUCUUACGGAAAAAAAUCUCCAUCUAGCAAACAAAACAAUAACAAUAUACUUUAUUCAUUAAAGGCCUACUGAAAUGAGAUUUUCUCAUUUAAAACUGGGAUAGCAGGUCCAUUCUAUGUGUCAUACUUGAUCAUUUCGCGAUAUUGCCUUAUCUUUUCUGAAAUAAUUUAGUAGAGAACAUUGAUGAAAAAGUUUGCAACUUUUGGUCGCUCAUAAAAAAGCCUUGCCUGUACCGGAAGUAGCAGACGAUUUGUGCGUGACGUCACUGGUUGUAGAGCUCCUCACUUCCACACAUUGUUUACAAUCAUGGCCACCAGCAGCGAGAGCGAUUCGGACCGAGAAAGCAACAAUUUCCCCAUUAAUUUGAGCGAGGAUGAAAGAUUUGUGGAUGAGGAUAGUGAGAGUGAAGGACUAGAAGAUAAACCUGAUUCUGUUAAUUUUGCAAUAAAAGUUUCGCACCAAGUCGACUUUUGAGAGAAAAAAACUGAGCACACACAGGAGAGAAAGUGUUGCGUCGCAGCGGGUGUGGUGAAAGAUUCUCUUAUACUAUUAGAUCAGACUAUGUCUUACGGAAAAAACUCCAUCGAGGCAAACAUAACAAUAACAAUAUACUUUAUUCAUUAAAGGCCUACUGAAAUGAGAUUUUCUCAUUUAAAACAAGGAUAGCAGGUCCAUUCUACGUGUCAUACUUGAUCAUUUCGCGAUAUUGACAUAUUUUUUCUGAAAGGAUUUAGUAGAGAACAUUGAUGAAAAAGUUUGCAACUUUUGGUUGCUAAUAAAAAAGCCUUGCCUUUACCGGAAGUAGCAGACAAUGUGUGCGUGACGUCACUGGUUGUAGAGCUCCUCACAUCCACACAUUGUUUACAAUCAUGGCCACCAGCAGCGAGAGCGAUUCGGGCCGAGAAAGCGACAAUUUCCCCAUUAAUUUGAGCGAGGAUGAAAGAUUCGUGGAUGAGGAUAGUGAGAGUGAAGGACUAGAAGAAAAGCCUGAUUCUCUUAAUUUUGCAAUAAAAGUUUCGCAUCAAGUCGACUUUUGAGAAAAAAAAACAGAGCACACACAGGAGAGAAAGUGUUGCGUCGCAGCGUGUGUGGUGAAAGAUUAUCUUAUGCUAGUUGACCAGACUAUGUCUUACGGAAAAAAUCUCCAUCUAGCAAACAAAACAAUAACAAUAUACUUUAUUCAUUAAAGGCCUACUGAAAUGAGAUUUUCUUAUUCAAACAGGGAUAGCAGGUCCAUUCUAUGUGUCAUACUUGAUCAUUUCGCGAUAUUGCCAUAUUUUUGCUGAAAGGAUUUAGUAGAGAACAUCGACGAUAAAGUUCGCAACUUUUGGUCGCUAAUAAAAACGCCUUGCCUUUCCCGGAAGUAGCAGACGAUGUGCGCGUGACGUCACUGGUUGUAGAGCUCCUCACAUCCACACAUUGUUUACAAUCAUGGCCACCAGUAGCAAGAGCGAUUCGGGACGAGAAAGCGACAAUUUCCCCAUUAAUUUGAGCGAGGAUGAAAGAUUCGUGGAUGAGGAUAGUGAGAGUGAAGGACUAGAAGAAAAGCCUGAUUCUGUUAAUUUUGCAAUAAAAGUUUCGCACCAAGUCGACUUUUGAGAAAGAAAAACAGAGCACACACAGGAGAGAAAGUGUUGCGUCGCAGCGUGUGUGGUGAAAGAUUCUCUUAUGCUAUUUGAUCAGACUAUGUCUUACGGAAAAAACUCCAUCCAGGCAAACAUAACAAUAACAAUAUACUUUAUUCAUUAAAGGCCUACUGAAAUGAGAUUUUCUCAUUUAAAACAAGGAUAGCAGGUCCAUUCUACGUGUCAUACUUGAUCAUUUCGCGAUAUUGCCAUAUUUUUUCUGAAAGGAUUUAGUAGAGAACAUUGAUGAAAAAGUUUGCAACUUUUGGUUGCUAAUAAAAAAGCCUUGCCUUUACCGGAAGUAGCAGACGAUUUGCGCGUGACGUCACUGGUUGUAGAGCUCCUCACUGUACCAUGAAUUGAUUAAUGUGGACCCCGACUUAAACAAGUUGAAAAACUUAUUGGGGUGUUACCAUUUAGUGGUCAAUUGUACGGAAUAUAUACUGAACUGUGCAAUCUACUAAUAAAAGUAUCAAUCAAUCAAAAACAUCCACACAUUGUUUACAAUCAUGGCCACCAGCAGCGAGAGCGAUUCGGACCGAGAAAGCAACAAUUUCCCCAUUAAUUUGAGCGAGGCUGAAAGAUUCGUGGAUGAGGAUAGUGAGAGUGAAGGACUAGAAGAAGAAAAGAAAAAAAGACGGCGGCAGUGGGAGCAAUCCAGAUAUUAAACACAUUUACUAGGAUAAUUCUGGAUAAUCCCUUAUCUGCUUAUUGUGUUACUAGUGUUUUAGUGAGACUAUAUAUAGUCAUACCUGAAAGUCGGAGGGAUGUGGUGACCGCCAGUGUCUCUGAGGGAAGCCACGGAGGAGCCAAGAAAGUCGCAGCUGCCUCUUUGACAGCUGCAGGAGGAACGACACAAGCUCCGCUCAUGUUUACGGUAAGAGCCGACUUACUACCACAAUUUUCUCACCAAAACCUGCCGGUUGACAUGUGGUAGAGAACCAUGUUCGCUUGACCACUCUGUUCCAUAUUAAAGUUACACAACAAACAAAGACACAUGUUUGUGUUGCUACGGCCGGCUACAAUACACCGCUUUCCACCAA